AUGGCGAGGCUCCGCGGGCGCGUCCCGUGCACCCUGCUCCUCGGUCUGGCCGCCGUGCUGCUGAAGGCGCGGCUGGUCCCCGCGGCCGCCCGAGCCGAGCUCAGCCGCUCCGACCUCAGCCUCAUCCAGCAGCAGCAGCAGCAGCAGCAGCAGAGGCAGCGCGAGGAGGCGGAGGAGAGGCCCGAGCUGCCCCGGGCAUCCUCCACCUUGAGCGUUCCAGUGUCUGUAUUUAUGCUGAAAGUCCAGGUGAAUGACAUCAUCAGUCGACAGCACCUGAAUCAAGCAGUUGUACAAGUAUUUGUCAACUACACAAAGACGAACUCCACAGUAACUAAAAACAACGGAGCAGUGUUGAUAAAAGUACCCUACAAAUUAGGACUCAGCUUAACCAUUGUUGCUUCCAAAGAUGGCUACGUGAUGACACCCCUGCCCUGGAAAACCGGAAGGAUGCCAAUUUAUUCAUCAGUUACACUCUCACUGUUCCCGCAAAGCCAAGCAAAUAUAUGGCUAUUUGAAGACACAGUUUUGAUUACUGGAAAAUUAGCUGAUGCCAAAUCUCAACCUAGUGUUCAGUUUUCAAAAGCUUUCAUUAAGCUUCCUGACAACCAUCACAUUAGCAAUGUGACUGGGUAUCUUACAGUUCUGCAACAGUUUUUGAAAGCGGACAAUUUUCUGUAUACAACUGGGAUAACUCUCAACAAACCAGGUUUGGAAAACAUUGAAUUGACUCCUCUUGCAGCAAUCUGUGUGAAAAUAUAUUCUGGAGGAAAGGAAUUAAAAGUGGAAGGCUCCAUUCAAGUUUCUCUUCCACUGCUGUAUACAAAUGGUGUAAACAUGGGUGAUCGCAUACCUGCUUGGACAUUUGAUAUGAACACAGGUGCUUGGGUGCAUCAUGGCUGGGGAAUAGUCAAGGAACAUAAUGGUCAUUUAAUUUGGACUUAUGAUGCCCCACAUUUGGGCUACUGGAUAGCAGCUCCACUUCCAGGAGCUAAAGGUAUAGGUAUAAAUGAAGAUUCCAAGGACAUAACUGCCUACCACACAGUGUUUCUUACAGCUAUAUUAGGAGGAACAGUAGUCAUUGUCAUUGGAUUUUUUGCUGUAUUGCUUUGUUAUUGCAGGGAUAAGUGUGGAACGCAACAGAAAAGGGAAAGAAAUAUCACUAAACUUGAGAUCCUUAAGAGGGACCAGACAACAUCCACAACACACAUAAAUCAUAUCAGUUCUGUCAAAGUGGCAUUAAAAGCUGAGGACAAGGCCCAGUUAUUUAAUGCCAAGAACACCUCCUAUAGUCCUCAGAAAAAAGAAACACCCAGGGCAGAUGGAGAAGAAAGAAUUUCCAUGGUAAAAACUCGGGACAAUUUUAAAAUCUACAAUGAAGAUGUUUCAUUUCUUUCAGUCAAUCAAAAUAAUUACCCCAGAAAUACAACCCAGUCUUUGGAGCCCAGUGUAGGAAGCAAACAACCUAAACAUAUGAACAGCAGUCUGUCCUCAUCCUUAGCGGAUGCUCAAGAGGAAAAGAGGUAUCUCACGGGUAGUGAGGAGGUAUAUGGGCGUUCCCACAUCCCGGAGCAGCUUAUGCAUAUCUACAGCCAGCCUAUUGCCAUCCUUCAGACGUCCGACCUUUUCUCCACACCAGAGCAAUUACAUACUGCUAAGUCAGCGACUUUGCCAAGGAAAGGACAGUUAGUCUAUGGCCAAUUGAUGGAACCAGUAAACAGAGAAAACUUCACGCAAACAUUGCCCAAACUGCCAAUGCAUUCUCACGGCCAGCCUCCAGAUGCCAGAGAGGAGGAUAUUGUCCUUGAAGGUCAGCAGAGCUUGCCCUCCCAGACUUCAGAUUGGAGCCGAUAUUCAAACAGCUUGCUAGAGUCCGUUUCUGUUCCUGGGACCUUAAAUGAAGCUGUGGUAAUGACUCCCUUUUCAUCAGAACUUCAAGGAAUUUCAGAGCAGACCCUCCUGGAGCUGUCCAAGGGGAAGCCCUGCCCCCAUCCCAGGGCGUGGUUUGUGUCUCUUGACGGGAAGCCAGUUGCACAAGUGAGGCACUCCUUUAUAGACCUGAAAAGGGGCAAGAGAACCCAGAGCAACGACACCAGUCUCGACUCUGGAGUGGACAUGAAUGAGCAUCAUUCAAGCAGGAAGCUUGAGAGGGAGAAAACGUUUAUCAAAAGCGUGCAUCAGCCCAAGAUCCUUUACUUGGAAGAUUUAGACCUGAGCAGCAGCGAGAGCGGGACCACCGUCUGCUCCCCGGAGGACCCAGCGUUAAGGCACAUCUUAGACGGAGGAAGUGGGGUGAUUAUGGAACACCCUGGGGAAGAGUCUCCUGGAAGAAAAAGCGCUAUGGAGGAUUUUGAAGCCAGUACAUCUCCCACUAAAAAAAGGGGUCGGCCACCACCACUAGCCAAAAGAGAGAGCAAGACUAACAUCUGGAAGAAGAGAGAGGAACGCCCACUGAUCCCCAUAAACUAACGCUGAGGGUGCGGUGUCUGCAUUCUCAUGAUGUGUAUUCCUGCUUCUUGUAAAUUGCAGUACAAACUUAGGAAGUUGAGACUGAGCAAUGCCAUGGUCCUUGGAUGCGUCACAAGCAGAGCAGACAGUAAAAUGGUCAUUCACUAAUAAGAAAGAUGCCAAGGAAUGCUUUUUCUGGUCUUUCUUUUCAUUUAUGGUUGAAAUGUGAACUACCCAAGUUUUCAAAAUGUAAAAUAGCCAGGCUUUGUGGUGCACGCCUUUAAUCCCAGCAUUUGGGAGGCUGAGGUAGGAGGAUCGCUGUGAGUUCAAGGCCAGGCUGAGACUAUAUAGUGAAUUCCCGGUCAGCCUAUGCUAUAGUGAAACCCUACUUAGAAAAACCAAAAAACAAAAACAAAAAAUGUAUAAUAAUGUAAAGAUGGUAUCUGAAAAGGUUUCUCAGUAAGACUUUCUUAGGAGUAAAACAGGGAAGUCUGUAUUAAGUUGCUCCCCAAAUUUUGCCUCUGUCCUGGUGAAUACCCCAUGGAAUAUUUAGAAAUGCAGCUGCCUUCUUCAAGCAUCAUUUUGUGAAAUGUUUCUAUUAAGUCCUCUUCUGCCUAUUCAUAAAAAUUUGAUGAAUGCUUGGACUGAUGUUAUCUUUGCAUUUAAGAAACAAAUUAUGUCUUUAUUUAGAUAAACUAUGAAGUUUAUGUCAUUCCAAAAGUAAAUCUUUAUUGUACCCUUAUGAAAAUCCCUUAUAAGAUGAGCAAGAAACAUUAUUCGUUAGAGAGGGAGGUGCUAACUCAGGCUAUUUUUGGAUAACUUUGCAGAGUUAAUAACGUAUUGAUAUGUUCAGUGGAAAUUUGAGUAACGAAUGCUAUCAUUUUUAUUUUGAACUUGGUUGUAGAUAUGACUUAAAAGUUCAUUAUCCGUGAAAGCUAAAAUCAGCUUUAAUGUGGUUUUUCUUUCUUCCAAAUGUAAGCACUAGAGAGACUACAAUUUUAUUUUAAAAAUAAUAUGAGAGUUUCUCAAGAAAGAACAACCCAAAAAAUAGCAGGCUGCGGCGGUAAAGGAAAUAAACAUUUCAUGUAGGUGGACAAGAAAGGAAAGGCCAUUUGCCUGAUGUUCAGAAUAGCUUGAAGAUGAUUAUAUUUCAAAAUGUUGAUACUUUUUAAAGGUGAUUGAGAAAAAUAGUUCUAAUUUCAAGGGAAAGAUUUUCCUUAGUUCACCUUUGCAACUCCCCCUCUCUUCAGUUUUAGAAGCAUAUCAUGAUCCUUUUCAUCACGGCAAAGAAUCCAGUGUGAGUGAAUCUACUCUAGAGCUAUUUUCAAAUUCUGUCUUCAAACCUGAAGCAUCAUUCACAUGGCCUAAAAAUAAAAGCUGUGUUACAAUCAAUGCCAUUUUAGUUAAAGUUUUCAUGAAGACAUCUCUACAGCAGCUUUCCAUUUCUCUCAGUGGGGAAAAAAAAUCCCUUUAUUUAUCACCCCUAUUAUGCCACAUAGGAGCAACAGAGAGUCAAGCUGCCUAAACAAGUUUUUAAAAGAAACUAAGGCAGACACCUUUGCGUUGUAAAACUGCAGAUAGAUGUACAAUGAAAGGCAGAAACUUUAUUCCUGGAGACAGUAGACUUCAGCCAAUAUUUUCCUAUAAUCACUUACUGAAACAUCUAACCUGUCAGAUAACUGUCCUGGCCUGUUUGUACUUAAAUCCAAAAAACUCAAAAUACUAUGCGUGUGAUAUAUACACCCACAUAUAUAUCCCAUCCAUAGGACAGAUACAUGUUUUGGUUAAUACAUAGGCUUUCUUUUUUAGUGGGGACUGAUAAGAUCAUAAUUAAAGAAGGGAUUUUAAAAAUUGAUUUUACACAGAAAGAUUACAAGCAGCAUGAAUGAAAAGGAUUUGAAAAGUUUAAGGAGUUAGUGCUCUGUGGAAGUGCCUUUGAUUCAGAUUUGCAUUAGAAGGAUAGAGGAUAUUUCUUUAGUGUGCACUUUCUUUGUUAGCCAAAUAUGACAGAUGUGCAGUUCUUAUUAAAAUACAUAGACCUAGUGUUUCAUGUUGGAACAAUGAAUUUUGCAUGUAGGUGAUAUUUUCUUCUGUGUGCUUACAUUUGUUUUCAGAACAGCACAUAUUGAUGAAUUGUUUAUGUUGGAAUGAAGUUAGAAACUAUAUAGUAAAAUGCUGCAUCUCCUCAUCAUUUUAAGUGUGUAUUCCCACCACCUUCAAAAAUAUUUCCUCUCCCAGCUGGUAACAAAACACACAUUAUUGGCAUAUGAGUAUAUCACCCAAGUAUGCCCAGUUAUUUUAUUCAUUCUUGUCUAAGGGAGACAAGAUGAUACAUCCCAAUGACUUUCCUAGAACUUUUUAGUUUCACACUUUUUAAAACACUGCACAUGCUGUUUUCAAUUAAGACUUUUAGACAGUUUAUCUUUUCUAGUGAUCAAAAGUAUGACUUCUCAUUUGUGAGUAGUUCACAAAUUUCCUAUUAAAAAAACUGAAGCCAUCCACUUCUUCUUAACCCAAAUGAUAGCAAACCAAUAAUGAUCAACUCUUUCUUAAAUUUUAAAUUGAAAGCCAAUGAUUUUUUUGAAAAUAUAAACCUAGAUAAUUUUGGUUACAAAUUGUUGAUGUUUGUGGAUCCUUUGUACAUAGUUGGGAUAUACUGUAAAGGCAAAAUUCUCAAUUACCUGAUGGAUUCAGGUAGUAAACAUAGUUAUACACAGUUUUGAAUACAUAUGACCUUGCAACUUUAUAAAAUCCAUUUUUAUGACUUUAUGCAGUUGUAUAGGGAUUGUGCCCUUUUGUAACACACAAUGUACCACGAAGACCACAAUAUUAAGGAAAACGAACACUUCUUUGUUUUGUCAUUCACUUUUGGGUCAUUCUGUAUGUUUGAAUCCCCUGGUACCAACACAUAUCAUGGAGUUUUGGAGAUCUUAAGUUCAAAUAGUGUCCCUUAAACUUCCCAGAAAGGUGAAGUUCAAAAUUAAACCUUCAUUGCCACGGUCCAAGUUACUCAUCUGUGUUUGUAGACAUCAUUGCAGGACUUGUGUAUUGAUUUCUUUUUAGAUCUCUAGUUUACAUUGGGCUUUCUUGUUUCCAGGUGUUUCUAUCUUUUGUAUUCUUCCAUCAAAGAAAACUCAUAUUUCAUUGUAUUUAUUGCUAUUACUAUACUUACUGCUGGAAACUGUAGCAGUCUGAAGAUUUGUAAAAUGUUAAACACAAGUUCAUUAAAGAUAAUAAAAUACAUCUGAAAUGGA